GCCAUAUUCUCAACACCAAAAAAACACACAACUUGAUGCCAUUACUAAUCAUCUUACCAAUCUACACCACCAAAGCCUAACAACCAGAUCCCAUGCAAACUCAAUACUUCUCUCAAUCUCUCCAUUUUCUUCUUCUUCUUCUUCUCUGCUGCAAAACCGCAUCUGGGUUCUGCUCGAUGGGCCCCAUCGCCGCCUCCUCCAGUGAAGACGACACCUUUUUCUGCGCCAUAGACGCCAGCGGCAAACAGCAAGUCAUUUGCUGGGGCAAGAACUCAUCAUCAUCACCAUUAUCAUCAUCAUCAUCAUCUUCUUCUUCUUCUUCUUCUUCUUCUUCUUCUUCUUCUUCUUCGUCGUCGUCCUCCACAAUUUUCACGAACAUUCCUCCCAUGGCGUCGCUCUCCGGCGGCGAAGGCUUUCUCUGCGGCAUUUCAGCGAACACCUCGCAGGCACACUGCUGGACCCCACAAACAACGGAUCUCGUCCCGUCAACGUUUUCCUCCAUCGCUUACUCCCACAUCGCAGCCGGAAAAUCCCACGUCUGCGCCGUCAGAGGUCCGUACUACUCCGACCUCGACUCCGGCAAUAUUGACUGCUGGGACAUCAUCGUCAAAACUCCGAACAACGUAAACCGAACCAGUUUGGCUUCCAAACAAACAACUUUCUUCUACGACCAGUCCAUAUCAAACCUCGUAUUCAAAAACAUCGUCUCGGGAGACGGAUUCUCCUGCGGAAGCAUCCGAUACGGGGGGCUAAUCUGCUUCGGACCAAACUCGAACAUUCUAGGAAUCUCCGAAACGACCGAAAACUACGUCGUUUUAGCCUCCGGGAAGAACUCCCUCUGCGGAAUCUCCGAACUUUCUAGAGAAGUGACUUGUUGGGGAGCGGAAAACUGGGAAGUUCCUCCUCCGAACGCGACAAAGUUUGUGUAUUUGUCUUCUGGGUCUCAACAUUUCUGCGGGAUCCGAGAAGACAACCAUGGAAUUGAGUGUUGGGGGAGCUUCAAUUCCUCGUACAUUCCGAAGGGUGCUGGGUUUAAGGCCAUUGCUUCCUCGGAGUUCGCGACGUGUGGGAUUAGAGAAGACGAUUUGGUACUGGAUUGUUGGUCUAAUUCUAAUUUGUCCUCGGUUAAUUAUGAUCCUCCAUUGGAGCUUUGUAGUCCAGGGCUUUGUUCUUCGAAAUCUUGCGGUUUGGGGGAGUUUAGUUUCAAUGCAAGUUUGUUGAAUGAGCCUGAUUUGGUUAAUCUGUGUGUUAGGAAAGAUUUGAGGAUUUGUUCCCCAUGUGGGACUAGUUGCUCGGAAGGUUUUUUCUUGUCUAGUCCUUGUACUGAGAGUGGUGAUAGAGUAUGCACGCAUUGCUCUCUGUGCCAGAACAGCUCUUGUUGGGACACUUGCGGCGGAGCGGUGAAGUCGCAGCCGGAGAUGCGGCGGCUGUGGCACCAUUUCCGCCGCGUGGUGGUCAUUAUUGGAUCCUCCGCCGCAGGGGUUUUGAUCAUCCUGCUCGGCGCGUGGUGCCUUCUUCCGCGGUUGCUGGGUGGUUAUGGUUCUGGUUCUAAGGAAGGGAAGGGAAAGAAGCAGUUCAAGUGUUGUAUUGGGAAACCCCAGCUGGAGGCGGCGGAUCAGGAGAAUUUUUCUGAUUUGCCUUUUCAUUCUCCUCAAUCUGCCGGGGUGGUGGCGCCUUGUCCGGGUGUUGCUCAAGUGUUUAGGCUGUCUGAGUUGAAGGAUGCCACCAAUGGAUUCAAGGAGUUUAAUGAGCUAGGGAGGGGCAGCUACGGGUUCGUUUACAAGGCGUUGCUCGCAGAAGGAAGGCAAGUUGCGGUGAAAAGGGCGAACGCGGCGACGAUUAUUCAUACCAAUAGUAGGGAUUUUGAGAUGGAGUUGGAAAUCCUUUGCAGGAUUAGGCAUUGCAACAUUGUGAACUUGUUGGGGUAUUGUUCCGAAAUGGGGGAGAGACUUCUUGUGUAUGAGUACAUGCCUCAUGGGACACUUUAUGAUCACCUCCACGGCGGGCUUUCUCCACUGAACUGGAGCCUAAGAUUGAAGAUCUCAAUGCAGGCCGCAAAGGGGCUUGAGUAUCUUCACAAGGAAUUCUCGCCCCCGAUUGUUCACCGCGACGUCAAGACCUCGAACAUCCUCUUGGACUCCGAAUGGGGCGCGAGGAUUGCUGAUUUUGGGCUCCUCACUCCGAGUAAUCACAAGGAGUACUCUAGUGGUGUAGGAGAUUUGGCGAGUGAUGUUUACAAUUUUGGGAUUGUUCUACUAGAGAUUUUAAGUGGAAGGAAAGCUUAUGAUAGAGAUUACAAUCCUCCAAGCAUAAUUGAGUGGGCAGUGCCUUUGAUCAAGCAAGGAAAGGCGGCCGCAAUAGUCGACCGGUAUAUAGCUCUUCUACUUAAGCUUGCCGAUGUGGCGGAACUGGCUGUGAGAGAGAAUCCUAGUGAGCGUCCUUGCAUUUCAAACAUAGCAUCUUCUUUAGAGCAAAUUGUCAAGGAUGGUUUGUUCUUGUAGUUUUAGAAAGUUGGUCAAUCAGAAACUAUUUGCACAAUAUUGGAAAGAGAGAUGUGUAUGAA